CUCACCCAAGACCGGGAUACUGCCCCAGGAUGACAGCAAGUAUCCCCAAUAUCUCAUCACCGCGCUGUGGCUUCAGCUCGGUUUCGCUGUGACCUCCAACAACUCCUACCGUCAGCAAAAAGAAAAGAAUUGCUCUGUUGCUUGUCCAUCAUGGCGUUCUGCUGGACACAGUCCAGCCCUAGUAUCGCGCAAUCCGCCGAAGAAUGGCAUCAUGGCCAUCUGUUCAGGGCUGGUACGCUGAUGCCAAGCCGACCCAACCGUGGCCCUGGGGAUCGCUUAUCUGAUGUACCACGUUAUAUAACACCUGCAGCAUCUUCUUCUACCUACACAGCAGGUCCCUGUCCAUCCUAUCCAGCUGCUUUUUUUCGGGGCAGCUGAACCUUCACCAUGGCCUUGGACGACACGAAAGGAGGGCCCGCAACAGCCUCGCCAACCGCAAGCUUGAGCAACGACCAUGACUUCGACCGCAUGGAUCCGAGCGGUGUCAAGCGCGGCCUCAAGACCCGUCAUCUCUCCAUGAUGGCCCUGGCUGGCAUCAUCGGUCCCGGUAUCCUCGUGGGAACCGGAGGCGCCCUUGCCAAUGGCGGUCCCGCCUCUCUGCUCAUCGGCUUUGGCAUCAUUGGAAUCAUCGCCUUCAGCGUGACCCAGUCCCUGGGCGAAAUGACCACCCUGUAUCCCACCGGAGGCGCCUUUGUUACGCUGUCGGAUCGCUUCGUCGACCAGGCCUUUGCUGUCGCCGUGGGCUGGCAAUACUGGCUCGUCUGGGCCUGCGUUCUGGCAAACGAAUACAACGUCAUCUCCUCGCUCCUCGUCUUCUGGAGCGACAAGGUCCCGGUCUACGGCUAUUUCCUCAUCUUUUGGUUUGCCUUCUUGGCUUUUCAGAUGUUGGGUGUCGAGUCGUUUGGUGAGGCAGAAUUUUGGCUGGCCCUGCUGAAGAUUGGCGGCCUACUCGCCUACUUCCUCUUCUCCAUCAUCUACGCCUCCGGAGGCUUGAUUGGGCAGAAGGAGGCGCUUGGGUUCCGAUAUUGGCACGAUCCCGGUCCGUGGGCAAAUGGUUUCCGCGGGGUAGCCCAGGUCUUUGUCUUUGCGUCCACUUUCUAUGCUGGAGUCGAGGCUGUUGCGGUCGCUGCGACGGAGACGAGGAAUCCUAGCGUUGCCGUUCCGAGAGCCAUCAGACAGGUUAUCUGGCGCAUCCUGUUCGUGUACAUGGGAGUGGCCUUCUUCUUCGGGCUCACAUGUCCCUCCAACGCAGACGGGCUAGCCAACGGAGCCAGCCGCGCACUCAGGAGCCCCAUGACAAUUGCGAUCCAGAAUGCUGGCUGGGAAGGCGGUGUGCACCUCAUCAAUGCCUUCAUCUUCGUCACCGUCUUGAGCGCUGCCAACAGCUCCAUCUAUAUCGGAUCUCGCACCAUUCUUUUCAUGGCCCAGGAACGCAUGGCCCCCAGCUUCCUUGGGAAGACGAACAGCCGUGGCGUGCCCGUCUACGCAGUCAUCUUCACCAAUCUCUUUGGCUUCCUUUCCUUGAUGAACAUCAGCACGGGAGGCGGCAAGGCCUACUCGUACAUCAUCAACCUGAGCGGCGUCUCCACCUUCCUGGUUUGGGGCGCCAUCUCCUUCACUCACAUCCGAUUCCGCCAAGCUUGGGCCGCGCAGGGAAGAGCACCGGACCAGCUCCCCUUCCAGUCGCUUGCCUACCCUUGGAACGCGUAUUUUGGUGUCUUUGCAAACGUGUUCCUCGCUCUGGUCCAAGGCUGGACGACCUUGAGUCCCUUUGAUGCGGGCACGUUCGUUGACGCCUACAUCCUGCUCCCCCUGUUUGGCGUCAUCUACCUUGGCUACAAAUUCUGGUUCAAGACCAGGUUCUGGAGAAGCCACGAGGUCGACCUGGAUGCUGGGAUGCGGAAGGAUUUGGAUGCAAAGGACAAGUACUUGCACAGCGAGGACGGGGAGAGGGUGCCCGCGAGGAAGAGCUUUUGGAAACGGUUACUGGAAAACUUGUAGACUGCAUACCAACGCGAGAGCAAUAUACCCCCGUUAUGUGUUGUCCUGCAGAGAGGAAUUCAGAUACAAAUGUUUAAACCCAUGC